AAUUACCGGCGCACACUCGAGGAAAAAGCGUAGAUAAGUGCCAAACUCAAGAACCCAACGACCCGAAAGUGCUGGUCAGUCAGUCAGUAAUUAGCCAUCGGUCGAGAUGCCACCCCCAGGACGCGGAUACGGAGGACCACCUCCACGGGGUCCCGGAAUCGCCUACGGACCACCGCCACCUCGAGUUAAUGUCGGCAUCAAUAUCGGCGGACCGCCGCGUCCUCCGCCCAUCGGCGUGGGCAUCGGCUUUGCUCCGCCACCAACUGUGAUCGUCGGAGCACCGCCUCCACCACCCAUGGUCGUGAUGCCGCCGCCACGUCCCACCGUUGUGGUGGGUGGCCAGGCUCCGGUGGCCACUGUGUACGCCCAGCCCCAGGGAGAGGUCUUCUGCUGCACGAUUCUCUGACGGAAAAUAGGAAACGAACCACUGUGCUUCUACAUAGAAUUAUUCACUACGUGUAUACGCCUUAAAUUAGUGAAAUAAAAUAGUUUACUCAUAUCAAUUAAAGUUCGAAAUGCCUUAAAAGACGUAUUAAUGCAAUCAAAAAUCGUUGUGAAGUGUGCUAUUUUAAUUUUUAAAUUGUGAACCAAUAAAGUAUUAAUAAAAUGAA